AAAGUUGAAGGUUUCAAACUAAAGAGUUCCACCAUUUAAUGGAGGGAAAGCUCUCAAAGUUCUCUCUAUCUCUAAAACCAUCGCCCAUUCAAGAGCUAUCCCAUCUUGCUCAGCGCUGCAACGCCAUUAACCUUGCAGAAGGCUUUCCUGAUUUUCCAGCACCCCAUGAUAUUAAACUUGCAGCCAUUAAUGCUAUCAAUGCAGACUACAACCAAUACAGACAUGUGCAGGGUAUAUGUGACCAACUAGCUGAGAUGAUAAAACAAAAACAUGGUAUAGAUGUUGAUCCUCAUAAGAACAUUGCCAUUUGUUGUGGUCAAUCAGAAGCAUUUGCUGCAGCCGUAUUUGCAACAAUCAACCUGCGUGAUGAAGUUUUGUUGUUUGAUCCUGCUUAUGAAACAUAUGGGGCAUGUAUAACUAUGGCUGGAGGAGUCCCUGUGUAUGUACCACUGGAUCCACCUCAUUGGACUUUGAAUUUGGAGUUGUUUGUUGGGUCUUUUACUUCACGGACAAAAGCAAUAGUUGUGAACAGUCCACACAAUCCAACAGGCAAAGUAUUCACUACUGAUGAGCUGGCAGCUAUUGCUCAAGUUUGCUGCGACAAGGAUUGCUUGGCCAUAACAGAUGAAGUAUAUGAGUACAUAACGUUUGACUUGGCCAAGCAUAUUUCCCUUGCUUCUUUUCCAGGAAUGGCAGAACGGACCAUUAUCACUUCUUCCUUAUCCAAGACUUAUAGUGUCACAGGUUGGAGGGUUGGCUGGGCGAUUGCUUCUACUCCCAUUGCAUCUGCAAUCAAGAAUAUUCAUGUGAAGCUCACUGACUCAGCCCCUGCUCCUUUCCAAGAGGCUGCCUUGAUUGCCCUAAGGAGCUCUCCAUCCUUUUUUGAGCACUUGAAAACUGAAUAUGAGGAAAGGAGGGACACAAUUGUGAAGAUUCUGAGAGAAGCUGGCUUCAAAGUUCACUUCAAGCCUCAGGGUUCCUUUUUUGUAUUUGCAGAACUUCCUGAACAUUGCGUACUCCCUGAUGUAGAUUUUGUUGCAGAAUUAAUCAAGAAAGCUGGAGUUGCGGCUGUCCCAGGAUGCGGGUUUUUCCAUGAGUCAAGAGUUUUGAGAAAAGGCAUUUCUUCAGAUUCAUUGGUGUCAGGAGAGAUGCCAAAACCAUAUCAGAAUUAUGAAAAGAGGUAUGUAAGGUUUGCUUUUUGUAAGAGCAGUGCCACCUUAGAGGCUGCUGCACAGAAGUUGAACCAGUUUGUGAUCACCAAUGAACACGAAGAACCCCAUUGAUUGUGUAAAAAGGAAUUUGAAAUCUUGGCUUUGUUGAGAGUGCUGAAACAUUCGGAUUACAUGUAUGUGGACUUUUAAAAUGUAUGCCACUUUCUCCAUUAUGUAUGACUUUUAAGCCUGGUUUAACAAUUUUGAUCACUGUA